AUAUAUAUUUACGAUUCUUAUUGUUAUUUAAAAAAACUGUAAAUUUGUUAAUUAAUAGUAAUACAAUAAUCGAUUUCCAAUUUUUCUAUGAUUUCAUUGAGAUAUGUGAAAUAGAAUUAAUUAUUUUUUGAAUAAACAAUUUUAUUUGGUUUUGAUUUUAAUAAUUAUAUCAUUAAUUUGAAAAAUCUAUCACAAUGAUUCAAAUUCAAGAGAAAAAGAAUGAAGAAUUUUUUAUAUCUGAAGAAGAAAAUGACAAACUUACAAUAAAACCACUUGGUGCUGGUCAAGAAGUUGGUAGAUCAUGUAUUGUUAUGGAGUUUAAAGGAAAAAAAAUAAUGAUGGAUUGUGGUAUACACCCUGGUCUUCAAGGUCUAGAUGCAUUACCAUUUGUUGAUCUUAUUGAAGCAAAUGAAAUUGAUCUACUUCUUAUUACUCAUUUUCAUUUAGAUCAUAGCGGAGCACUUCCUUGGUUUUUAUUAAAAACAAAAUUUAAAGGAAAAUGUUAUAUGACUCAUGCUACUAAGGCUAUUUAUAGAUGGCUUCUAUCAGAUUAUAUUAAAGUGAGUAAUAUAGGAACUGAGCAAAUGCUUUAUACUGAAGCUGACCUUGAAAAAAGUAUGGAUCGAAUUGAAACUAUCAAUUUCCAUGAAGAAAAAGAUGUUGGGGGAAUUAGAUUUUGUGCAUAUAAUGCAGGUCAUGUAUUAGGGGCUGCUAUGUUCAUGAUUGAAAUAGCUGGAGUUAAAGUUUUGUACACAGGCGAUUUUUCUCGCCAAGAAGAUCGUCAUUUAAUGGCUGCUGAAAUUCCUCCCAUAAGACCAGAAAUAUUAAUUACUGAAUCUACAUAUGGUACACAUAUUCAUGAAAAACGUGAAGAGAGAGAACGGAGAUUCACAAUGCUUGUUCAUGACAUUGUUAAUAGAGGAGGAAGAUGUUUAAUACCAGUUUUUGCAUUAGGACGUGCACAAGAACUAUUGUUAAUUUUGGAUGAAUACUGGGGUCUUCACCCAGAACUUCAUGAUAUUCCAAUAUAUUAUGCAUCAUCAUUAGCUAAAAAGUGUAUGUCUGUGUAUCAGACCUAUAUUAAUGCAAUGAAUGACCGUAUAAAAAGACAAAUUGCUGUUAACAAUCCUUUUGUAUUUAAGCAUAUUACAAAUUUAAAAAGUAUAGAUCAUUUUGAAGAUAUAGGACCAUGUGUUGUUAUGGCUUCACCUGGUAUGAUGCAAAGUGGUUUGUCCAGGGAACUCUUUGAAAUGUGGUGUACAGAUAGUAAAAAUGGUGUAAUUAUUGCUGGUUAUGUUGUUCAAGGAACCUUAGCCAAAACCAUUUUAUCUGAUCCUGAAGAUAUAAUGACUAUGUCUGGACAAAAAUUACCAUUGAAAAUGUCUGUUGAUUACAUUUCAUUUUCAGCGCAUACUGAUUACCAACAAACAAGAGAAUUUAUUAAUAUAUUAAAACCGCCCCACAUAGUGUUAGUACAUGGUGAACAAAAUGAAAUGCAAAGAUUGAAAUCAGCCCUAGUCCGGGAGUAUGAAGAAAAUUCUGAAGAUAUUAAAGUUUACAAUCCAAGAAAUACUGUGGGAGUUGAUUUUUAUUUUACGGGUGAAAAAACCGCAAAAGUAAUGGGAACUUUAGCUGUUGAUAAACCAGUUGAAAAUAAAACUUUAAGUGGUGUGUUAUUAAAAAGAAAUUUUAGCUACCAUAUUUUUGCAGCAGAAGAUAUACCAAGAUAUUCGGAUAUGUUGUUAAGCGAAGUACAACAAAAACAACUCCAUAGAUUUACAGGAUCAUUUUCUGUACUUCAAAAUAUGUUAUCACACUUAACUGGCUGUAUACCAGAAGUUAUAUAUCCAAACAAAAAAUUAAGAGUUUUGAAUUCUGUUGAUGUAUCUAUUGAUAAAAAUUUUGCUACGUUAGAAUGGAUAACUACUCCUGAAAAUGACAUGUAUGCUGACAUCGUAGUGCAAGUAUUAAUGAAAAUUCAAACAAUGAACCAUGGUGAUAUGAAAAAUGUUUCAUCAGUUCCGUUUACUGAGUAUGACCGUAUGCAUUUCAAGGAAUGUUUAAUUGAAAUUUUACAAGAAAUGUUUGGAGAAGAGUCUGUCCCUAAAAUAUUUAGAGGUGAAAAAUUAUUUGUGGCUGUUGAUGGAAAAAAAGCAAAUAUUAACUUGAAAACUUUGGAAGUUACAUGUGAAGAUGAAAGUCUGCAAAGAAUGGUACAAGCUGCUGUGUCACGGUUACAUAACACAGUUACACCUUUAAAUAAACCUUAACUUAUAAAAAUAAAUAUGUUAUUACUCAUUACUGGUAUUUAAUUAUAACAUAUUAUUCUAUAUUUUUAAAUAAAUGAUAUUUGUAUUUUGCAAA